AUGCUCAGUGUGGACAUCUACCCCGGCCUGGGUCUGGGGUCUCCAAAAAUUGGGGACUGCUUUUACCGCGAGAGGGAUCCGACCGUUCACGUGCCGCUGUUUCCUUCAGGGUGUGAUACUGUGGCCAAGACUUUAUCCCAGAGACGACUCCCUCCUCCCUCGGGUCCCGCUGAUGCGCCCCCAGAGCAGCUCCGCAAGGGCCAAGAGGAGGUGAAGAUGGAGCUGGAGAAUUCUUCUUUAUGGAAACAGUUCAGCUCGGUGGGAACAGAAAUGAUUAUCACCAAGAAGGGCAGGCGGCUGUUUCCAGGGCUGAAGCUGAAGCUGUCGGGCCUGAACCCCGCCCUGCGAUACAUCCUGCUCCUGGACAUCGUUCCCGUGGAUAACUCCAGGUAUCGUUUCCAAGGCGGCGGAUGGCAGGCUGUAGGUGGCGCCGAGGCCCGUCUUCCCGAUCGCGUCUGCAUCCACCCGGACUCGCCCGCCACCGGGGCUCACUGGCAAAGCCGAGCCAUCUCCUUCCACUACGCCAAGCUCACCAACAACACCCUGGACUCACAGGGGCAUAUCAUUCUCCACUCUCUGCAUCGCUACCAGCCGAGGAUCCACUUGGUCGAAGCGAGAGACAUCAUGCGUUGGGGCGGCGGACAGCAGACCUUCGUGUUCCCUGAGACGCAGUUCAUUACAGUCACUGCCUACCAAAACAACAAGAUUACAGAGUUGAAGAUCAAUGCGAAUCCGUUUGCAAAAGGAUUUCGAGAAGACGGCAUGAACAGCAAGAAGCAAAGAGACGCAAGACAGAAGCGUAAAAUAGACCAGAUCACAGACACUUUGGAUAUUGUGAACUGUGAUCCUUGCGACUCCACUGAGGUUUUGCCCCAGGCCACAUCGGGCAGCAGUCCUGGCCUGCAGACCCUGGACCUGUCCUGCCUGCCUGCCCUGCCUGCGUACGGGACAGAGGAGCCUUCUUACCAGGACAGCCUCCUCCCAGAGCAGAGCCUGGACCUGGGUCAGGCUUUUAUCGCUGAUGUCAGUAUUCCUCUGUCCGGUGGGAUCCAGGACGCGGGGACCGAGGUCUCCAACGGCCUCAUGGAAAAUCCUCAGUCUCAGCUCGGAGCCCCAGCUUACCCCUCCGGCUUCCCCCCUGCUCAGCCAUCACAGUUCUCCCCCUCGUACCCGGGGCUCCCUGCUCCAGACUCCUCAGACGCCUCCGGCCACGCCCCGCCCUCUCUCCCCCCUCCUCCCCUAGACUACCACACCACCACCCUGUCCCCCACCUCCACCAGCACUCCAGCCCUGCAGCAGACCACCUUCACAUUCCCAACCCCUCCUCAUUCAAACUCUUCCUCCCCCCUGCCUGUCGCCGACACCCCUCCCGCUUACUCCUAUGCCUGUGACCUGGAGAACGCAGCCAUCACAUCCUACUCGGCCCCUAACCCUGCCUGCGAUCACAUGUCUGCUAACUCUUUACUCAAUCAACCCACAAUUGACCCCAUGACUAAUUCUUCCAUCAAUGACCCCACCCCUCCAGAAUAUGCAUAUCCACAUUUUCUCUCGACUAACCCAAACUCUAUCCAAGCUCUCUCAAACCAAAACCAACUCCACUCUCCUUCCCUGUCCUGCUCUUUUCCUGUUUACAAUAAUCCUCUCCAGUCUUUUGCUUUCCCUCCUCCCAUGCAGAAUCUGGCGUUCCCAAAUAUGACAGCGAACCCGUCCCACGCCUUGCACCUUCCAAAUCUGAACCAUCAACCUCAGCCUCCUUUCCCUCCGUCCUCUUUCACUCACUCAGCACUCUCUCAUCCGCAAUUUCAAGCCCCCUCCAACUCCCAAACCCUAUCCAAUGCAAGUGCCCCGCAUAACGCAACCUCCUACCCUCCCGUAGAGCUGGGGGCAAUCCCUCAGUUCAGCUCUGGCGCCCCCUAUCGCCCAGACAUAGUACGCCACCACCCGGCUCUUCUGUCCCAGCUGGAUCUACCCACGGCGGCCUCAAACCCAGCCAUGUAUUCCACGUUCUCACCAUACCCACAUCUGCCCCUCCCCUUGAGGCACCUGUACAGACAGCACCAACAUGCCAACACCCAAGGGCCCUACCUAGACAUGGGUGCAAGGGCUGUGUAUUAA